CUUCCUUCCAAACUAUCCCAUUUCCUGCAAAAACAAAUUCUUCGUCUCUCUCUCUCUCUCUCUCUCUCUCUCUAUCUGUUAGCCUUCCACAAGCACAAUCCUCUUCAAUUUCUUCUCCGAAUCAAAACAUGGAUCAUCGUAGCUUCGUGAUUGAAGCGUCCGAAGCCGAAUCUUUGGCCAAAUCUUCCGGUCUCAAUCUGAAACAGCUCCUUCCUUCCCUCGUUAAGUCCGCUCAGACCCUUGCUCGCACCCCCAUUUCCAAUUUCGACGUCGGAGCCGUCGGCGUCGGGCCCUCCGGCCGAAUCUUCUUCGGGGUCAACCUCGAGUUCCCCGGUCUACCGCUUCACCACUCCGUUCACGCCGAACAGUUCCUCGUCACUAAUAUGUUCAUCAAUGGCGAGACCAAUCUCGAUUACCUCGCCGUUUCCGCCGCCCCUUGCGGCCAUUGCCGCCAAUUCUUCCAAGAAAUUCGCGGCGCUCCUGAUAUCAAAAUCCUCAUCACCUCCGAUGAGGAACAAGAUUUCACUCCCUUGUCCAAGUUUCUCUCCCACCGAUUCGGUCCCCACGAUCUUCUCCCCGACGAUGCUCCUCUCCUCUUAGAGCCACGUCACAAUGGGUUACGUUUCUCCGGCGAAAUCAACAAGUCACCCACCGGCGUCUGUAACAAUGGGUAUCACCCUAAUGAGAAAUUAAAGUAUGCGGCCUUAGAGGCUGCGAAUAAAUCUCAUGCACCAUACAGUGGAUCCCCCUCCGGGGUGGCUCUGAUGGAUUCCAACGGUAACAUAUACAAAGGUUCGUACAUGGAAUCGGCGGCGUAUAACCCCAGCAUGGGCCCAGUACAGGCGGCCUUGGUGGCCUAUGUCGCUGGCGGCGGCGACUACCAGAAAAUCGUUGGUGCGGUAUUGGUUGAGAAAGAAGAAGCAGUGGUGAAACAGGAACAAACAGCGAAGCUACUGUUACAGUCAAUUUCAUCAAAAUGUCAGUUCAAGACAUUCUUUUGCGCUUAGUAAUGUUUAAAUCAGCUAAUUGAAAUACGUAAUCCAGAUCAUGAAUCAUCUGAGGAUAUCUGAAAUUAUUGGAGUUAAAUGCAAAGAAUUGAUACUAUUCUUUCUUUAGAAUAGUAUCGGUGCUUUGAAUUCAACUUCAUUAAAUCCAUGCACCUCAUCUUCUAAAAUCAAACAUCUAAAAUCCUCUGUUUCAGAUUUUUCUUCUGAUCUUUGUCUCCUUUUGUGUUCUCAUAUUGCUAGAUGCCAGUACUCUUUGUAUCCAUACGCAGUACUAGUAUCUUCUUUCAGAGAUUAGAGGGAGACAAAAAUCAGAAGAGAAACUGAAUUCUAAAAAAUAACAGCCUGUUUGAUGUGACCCUUCUGAAAUUUUAUAUGAAAUUUCACUAUAUACAUAUAUAUUGUGUACCUAAGCAAGCUGAUUGUAGGAUGAUAAGGACAAGAAUAGGGUGGAGGGGGUCUAUUGUGAAAAAUCAUAUGAGCUUCUCAAGUUGUCACGUUAGGUGGAAGCUCAUGGACGGUGUAUAAUAAUCCAUCUCUUUGUUGCCUCUGGUUCCAGCAAAUUUAAUAACACAGCUCAAUCCUUCUGUGAUAUAUGUUUAUGUCUUUGAUUAUGUAUUUUAUAUAUUGUCGUCUUGAAUUUAUUGGUGUUUAAACUUUAUGAACAUCUGCCAUUGCCCAUUGUUAAUAUUUUGGAAGUUUCCUUCUUUCUA